AGCACUAGAUCGACUAGUAACUGGCUAGCUAGGUAAGGCAACAACAAUGGCGAUCAUGACGAGGGUGGCGACGGCGGCGCUAAUGGUGGCGGCCGCCGUACUGCUGGGGCUCGCCGGCGCCGGCCACGCGCAGCUGCAGAACGGGUUCUACAAGGGCAAGUGCGGCGCCAACGACGUGGAGGCGGUGGUGCAGGGCAUCGUCCGUUCACGCUUCGCCCGCGACGCCCCCAUCGUCGCCUACCUCCUGCGCAUGCAGUUCCACGAGUGCGCCGUCAAUGGGUGCGACGGCGGGCUGCUGAUCGACGGGCCAGGCACGGAGAAGACGGCGUCGCCGAACCUGAGCGUGAAGGGGUACGACCUCAUCGCCGACAUCAAGGCGGAGCUGGAGAGGCGGUGCCCCGGCGUGGUGUCCUGCUCCGACAUCCAGAUCCUCGCCACCCGCGACGCCGUCGCGCUCGCCGGCGGGCGGCCGUACGCGGUGCGCACGGGGCGGAGGGACCGCCGCCAGUCGAGGGCCUCCGACGUGGUCCUGCCGGCGCCGGACAGCACGGCGGCGCAGUCCGUCGCCUUCUUCCGCAAGCUCGGGCUGAGCGAGUUCGACGCGGUGCUCCUCCUGGGCGCGCACACCGUCGGCGCCACGCACUGCGGCGUGAUCAAGGACAGCCGGCUGUACAAGUACGGCGGCCGCGCCGGCGCGACGGACCCGGCGCUGGACCCGUACUACGCGUUCGUGUACAAGACGUGGGUGUGCCCCAACGCGGCGGCGUCCGACGGCAACGUCGUCUUCCUCGACGACCAGUGGAGCGCGCUGCGGGUGGACAGCAACUACUACAAGCAGCUGCAGCGCCGCCGCGGCGUGCUCCCCUGCGACCAGAACCUCUACGGCGACGGCGCCUCGACGAAGUGGAUCGUCAACCUGCUCGCCAACAACUCCGACCUCUUCCCGUCGCUCUUCCCGCAGGCGCUCAUCAAGCUCGGCGAGGUCAACGUGAUCACCGGAGCUCAGGGAGAGAUCCGCAAGGUCUGCAGCAAGUUCAACUAAUUAUUAACUGAUUUGAUCGCCAUUAAUUCUUCGUUUCGCUUCGUCGUAUUAUCCGUCUCAAUUUUCUCUUUAACUUGUUGUCCGCUUCUACUGAGUUUUGAUAUGAUCAUGGUCGAUCUAAUGCUUCCACCUUUCUUUCUUUUUUACAUUCUUUUUUGUUGAGCUGAUGUUCGAUUUAUUUAAUCAGUAUGUAAUUUUGGCUGUAACAACAUGUACAACAGGUUUAGUAUGAUG